GGGGGGGGGGGGGGACGACCAGCCUCCCGUCCGGGACAUUUGCAACAUGUUCACGUGGCAAUGUGGGUAUCCGUCGGCAACUCUUCAGCAUGGGAGGUGGUCAGCAGCGAACAGCGGGGAGCGAUACUACCUUUUUGACGUCCCUUCGUGUCGUUCUGUUCGACGUUGCACCGGUCAGGCGGGCUUGGGCAGCCGAAAGGAGCCCGCUGACCUGUGCUGAUCCAGGAUGCGGGUGAACGGAAGACGGAUUCAUCUCUCGCUUCUCACCCAUGCACCGUGCUUCUGUUCUGCUUCGUCUCUCGCCAGCCUCAGCAAGCUUUUUGAUGCCAGCCUCAGUUGACCAUUGACACUUGACGCUGAUCAUAUUCCCCAAAGAGCACUACCACCACGAGAUGAUGUCUACAUCGCUCAAGUCUCUUGCAACCCUCGCCUUCGCAGCAGGCCUCGGCCUGAGCACCGACGCCCCGGCCAUCAAGAAGCGCUGCACGCGGCCUACGAAGGCCAAACUGGGCAAGUCGUUCGACUGUGCACUUAUCUUUUUCUUUGAGAAAGAGGAUCGCUCGAGAGUGACGGCGGACCCAAACUUUCACGGCGACGAAAAAGAAGGGCAUUUGCCCACUGCAAGUAUCUCGUGCUGGCGCACCCGUCGCAGCCCAAGUACAUCAGUUACGUCUCGGGUAGCACGGCGGUGCGUGAUGAACGACUCCAGUGUCAACUUUACGCGCGUGUUGUUCGCUGAUGAGCUCGAGGCGGCCGCAUCAGCUGUGGCGCCUACGCCGAGGCCCUCGACAGCGGCUGCGACACGGCGGCGCGUGUGGGAGCCGCUCGCGGACGAAAUCGCGAAUGAGCAGGUGCCGCAAUUCGCCUUCUUCGCGCCCGACCUGCUCAACGACAGUCACAACACCAACACGUACGCCGGCAAGUGGCUUGGCGGCUUCUACAGCAAGUACGAGCGCUUCUUCACCGGCACUAACACCGUGUUCCACCUCGUUUUCGACGAGACUGGGUCGUACACCACCGCCAACAGCGUCUAUAGCGUCAUGUUUGGUGGCACCGUUGACAGCUCCAAGAACUGCGGGCGCAGCUCGCUUCAGAGCGCCAACGCCAACGCCGUGCCCUUCGCAGGUACCACGCGCCACACCCAGCUGUGCGGCUGA